AUGGCGGUCGUGAUACGCAGUCUUCGCAGGGCAGCGAUUGCCACCGUCGCACUCUCCACUCUCAUUUUCCUGAUUUGGCUCCUACCACGUCUUCUCAACCCAACUCCGCCCAGCAAGGAAGAGAGGGAGCGCGACGAGCGUUGGGUCAAUUCAUCGCCAUACUGGCUUGACCGUCAGGCCUGCCGCUGGCUCAGUCUCUGCGGCGUGCAACAUAUACGAUGGGAUGCGCCAGCGCUCCCGGACAGUGGGCGGCCUUCCACACUGGCCGCAUUAAAGCUUCUGGCAUUAGGGCUGAGUGAGGAACGAUCAAUCGCAAACGAGUCGGAAAUCAGCGCUUGGGAGACAGCUCCUGUACGCAAGGGCCUGAGGCGGAAGCGGCACGCGCCUGCGGCCCCAGAUGGGGCAAGGAUUCUUGAGGAAAUACCAGAUUACGUGCUUGCGUAUGCACCCUUGGUCCAUCUGUAUUCUGGGGAGAAUUUCUGGCCGUCAGAUAUUGCCGAGCAUGUUCAGCAUGUCAGACCUUUCGGAGAUGGCUCCUUAGUGGGGACAAAGACGCCAUGGCAUCUCGGGAAUCUUGCGGAUCUCAACGUAGAGAACAGCUCGGUUUUUCUGACUAGCCGGGACAACGUGGAAUCAAGGCCAGCGUGGCUCCACAGUCGUACGGGCGUUCCAGCCCCGUUCGAUGACGAUGGUGCAACGGGUGAUGAGCCUACGGGGGAGGACAGCAGACAGUGGGGUUCUCUCGACCGGCCGCAACGGCCGACCGACGGCAGCACUUGGUGGGAUGCCGACAGAAAACACCGGCCACACCGCAUAGCUCGGCCAGAUUCGUUCUCCGAAAGGCGCCGACGGUUUCGCGAGAAACGUUCAUCUCUUGAGGCACAACGCCCCUUGGUUGGGAGUCCUGGGCGGGCUAAAAAGCCCAACCCUGGCGGCUACUCCGAAGCCCCAGCCGUCCUCAUCCUAGUUGAUAAAGGGGCGGGUAUUCUGGAUGCCUUCUGGUUCUUCUUCUAUAGUUACAACCUCGGGCAGACAGUGCUCAAUAUCCGCUUUGGGAAUCAUGUGGGCGAUUGGGAGCACUGCAUGGUACGCUUCCAGCACGGCAUCCCCCGCGCCAUGUUUCUGAGCGAACAUGCCGGGGGAAAGGCAUACACCUGGCACGCGCUAGAGAAACGGGCACAGAAGGGUGACAAACCGCCGCGUCCCGUGAUCUACUCAGCCGUGGGUAGCCACGCCAUGUACGCAUCGCCGGGGAUCCACCCCUACGUGCUACCGUUCAAGCUUUUGAAGGAUAUAACCGAUAAGGGUCCGCUUUGGGACCCAGCUCUCAACCACUACGCCUACUGGUAUGAUUACGAGGUCGAUCGAGAGGAGGGUGCCAAUCUCCCGGGCCAAAACCGGACCAGCUUGACGCCUGCGGCAUCCAACCCGGACCUGCCGACAUCGUGGUUCCAUUUCGAGGGCUAUUGGGGGGAUGAUGUGUACCCCCUGAGCGACCGGCGUCAGUGGCGGCUGUUUGGGGAGUAUCACUACAUCACUGGGCCCCAGGGUCCCAAGGCGAAGCGGCUUGAGAGGAGCAAGGUGUGCCAGACGGAAAAGUGCAUUAUAGUGGACAGCAUUGAGGAAGGUAAAAAGUCGGCCUGGUACUGA